AUGGAGCAGGCGCUCAGGUCCAGCAUCUGGAGGGCCGUGGGGCUGUCACCCGCUAACUGCGGCCGCUGGUGGUGGAGGGGUGACUUCUCAAAGGCAAGGAAGAGGCUGGAACGAAAGCCUCUGGCCAUCGAGAGGACUAAAGGCUCAGAGAUCUUAUUUGGGAUCGCACCGUGUUCCCUGGCCCUCUCUCAGUCGAGAAGGGACCUGUUCAGGUUGUUCCUCAAGCAGAGCAGCGGCUCUCGGCGGCUUGUUAUGAGUGAGUUUGUCCUUCAGGCCACGGCCCGGGGCGUCCCUGUGCACCACGUCACAAGGAGAGAGCUGGAUGCUCUUUGCAGAGGCCAGGUCCACCAGGGAGUUUGUUUGGAGGCCACUCCUCUCCGUUUCAAGAAUUUGGAGGAAGAUGAAAAGCCUGAUUUGGGGGAUGAAGAGAGCCCAAACCGACAGCUGAUUUGGUUGGUGUUGGAGGAGAUCCAGGAUCCCAUGAACCUGGGGGCACUGCUGCGCUCUGCAUACUUCUUGGGGGUGGACAGAGUGGUGACAAGCCGGAGGAACAGCUGCCCCUUGACUCCAACGGUGAGCAAAGCUAGCUCUGGAGCUAUGGAAGUCUUCGAUGUCUACAGCACAGAUGAUCUCCGGAGCUUUUUGAAGGCUAAAACUGCAGAAGGCUGGAAAGUCAUGGGAACAGUCAGUAAGCCUGAGGAGGUGGAAAAUGUUCCUGUCAUCAGUUGUUUGGAAUUUCAGUGGAAUAAACCUGUUAUUAUAGUAAUAGGUAGUGAGGGUGACGGACUUUCCCUAGAGACCCAGCUCUUGUGCCAUCAGAUGCUGGCCAUACCCCCUGGCAGAGCGCUUCACCCUGGAAUCGAGUCGCUGAAUGUCUCUGUUGCUACUGGUAUUCUCCUGCACUCCAUCUGCAGCCAAAAGCUGAGGCACGGUGAUUGA